CUGAUGCAAGUUCCGAAAAGCUUUUCAGCACUGUUGCAGACAAAGAUACAGACUUAGGGGUUGGUACACUGACAGAAAAUGAAGACCAGGAUGCCAGGCCAUUGACUGUCCCCAAAAUAUCUGGUCUAGAACGGAGUCAAGAGAAGAGCCAGGACUUAAACCCAGACGGCAGUCAAGGUCCAUUAUUUGACCCUGUUGUGCCUCAAAACCUUUGUCCUCAGGUUUCUCAGCCUUUCAUACAACCCCAUUCGGAGCCACCAACAGAGGCACCUUCUCCAAAGCCACCGGCAAUUCAGAGCACCACAGAACCUUCUCGUUCCUCACACCCCGAAGCCCCACAGAAAUCAGAGAACUCUGAAGUGGCCGCCCAGAUCCCUGGAGCUCCUCCUCAAAGACAGCACCCAGCACACUUGCCUUCUCCCGGAGAGCCUGUGCGCCAAACCCCACCAGGUGCUCAUCUGCACCCGCCCUCUCAUAGCCUUGCACAACAAUUAUCAGCGUACAAUAGCAGCAGUUUAAGCCUCAACAGCUUGAGCAGCAGCAGAAGCAGCACCCCCGCCAAGACUCAGGCCCCUCCACCUCCCCACAUACCCCGCCAUCCCCCAGCAUCACCGUUCUCCAUCUCUUUACCCAGCUCUAACCCACUUCAUACCUUUACACCCAACCUCCAACCUGCUGCACACUCGCAUCACCCCAAUAUGUUUGCCCCUCCCACGGCCUUGCCCCCUCCUCCUCCGCUGACAUCAGGAACGCUACAGGUUCCAGGUCAUCCUACUGGGAGUGCCUACUCAGAGCAAGAUCUUCUGCGCCAGGAGCUGAAUACCCGAUUCCUGGCUUCCCAGAGUGCUGACCGGGGUGCCUCGCUGGGCCCACCGCCCUAUCUGAGGACAGAGUUCCACCAGCAUCAGCACCAGCACCAGCACACCCAUCAGCAUACGCACCAGCACACCUUCACCCCUUUCCCCCACGCGAUCCCGCCUACUGCCAUCAUGCCAACGCCGGCACCUCCUAUGUUUGACAAAUACCCUACGAAAGUUGACCCUUUCUACCGUCACAGUUUAUUCCACUCCUAUCCUCCAGCCGUAUCAGGGAUCCCUCCUAUGAUUCCUCCAACCGGUCCUUUUGGCUCACUUCAAGGAGCAUUUCAACCUAAGACAUCUAAUCCAAUCGAUGUUGCCACAAGACCAGGAACUGUCCCGCAUACCCUUUUGCAGAAAGAUCCCAGGUUGACAGAUCCAUUCAGGCCCAUGUUGAGGAAACCAGGAAAAUGGUGUGCUAUGCAUGUGCAUAUUGCUUGGCAAAUAUACCACCACCAACAGAAGGUCAAGAAACAGAUGCAGUCAGAUCCCCAUAAAUUAGAUUUUGGCUUGAAACCUGAAUUUCUGAGUCGGCCACCAGGCCCAAGUCUCUUCGGGGCUAUCCACCAUCCUCAUGAUUUAGCUCGGCCAUCAACUCUAUUCUCUGCAGCCAGUGCCGCCCAUCCCGCCGGCCCUCCGUUCGGACCUCCCCCACAUCACAACAACUUCCUCAACCCUGCUGCCCAUUUAGAGACUUUUAAUCGGCCCACGACGUUCACCAGCCUCGCAGCCAUGAGUGGCAAUGCCUUCGGGGGACUUGGGAACCCUGCCGUUACACCCAACGCUAUGUUCGGCCACAAGGAUUGCCCCAGUAUGCAGAGUUUUAGCAACCCUCACGAGCCCUGGAACCGUCUACACCGAACUCCUCCUUCGUUCCCGACCCCUCCGCCCUGGCUGAAGCCAGGUGAGCUGGAACGCAGUACAUCUGCUGCAGCUCAUGAGCGGGAUAGAGAUCUAGAUAAAGGAGACUCUUCUCUUAGUAAGGAUGACAAAGAAAGGGAGAGCACUGAGAAGCGACACUCCAGCCAUCCCUCGCCUGCAUCUGUCCAUUCCCUGAGCUCCCUCGGGCAUAACCGCAGCUCAGCUGAGCCAGUCAGGAGCCACCUGAACCCAGACGUUCGGGAGAAAGAGAAACACAAAGAAAGAGAGAGGGAUCACUCCGAAUCUCAGAAAGAGGUCAGCAUUGACGAGCACAAAGCAAAAGACAGUUACGUCUUGGACAAAGAAGGCCUGGCCCCUGAGAAUAGGCCAGCGGAAGACUCUAAGCAGGCAUCGCGGGUCUCUUCCCCCUAUACGAGGCCACCUGCUACGGAGGGCAUCAGGCCUAACAGCACCUCCAGCCGGGAGGCGGAGAAGAAAACCGAAGCAGCAUAUGAGAAUCUGAAGAAAUCCAGCGAAGUGAAAGUGAAAGAGGAAAGGAAGGAAGACCACGAUCUUCCUCUGGAGGCAUCACAGCCUCAUCGCCCGUCCGAGCUGCCACCCCCCAUGCCCACGUCCAGCAUCCACUCGGCCCCUUUGGCAUCUGUGCCCAUGACAGUGGGCGUCGCCGGCACCCACCCUAUGAACAGCAUCAGCGGCCUCGACAGAACUCGCAUGAUGACGCCUUUUAUGGGGAUCAGCCCCAUUCCCGGGGGCGAGCGUUUCCCUUACCCUUCUUUCCACUGGGAUCCCUACCGAGACUUGGACAUCCACCGGAGAGACCCUUUGGGUAGAGACUUCCUUCUGAGGAACGACCCCUUGCACCGUCUUUCUGCGCCCAGGCUAUACGACACAGAGAGGUCUUUCAGGGACCGGGAGCCGCAUGACUACAAUCACCAUCACCACCCCCUUUCUGUCGACCCUCGCCGGGAGCACGAAAGGGGGGCUCACCUGGACGAGAGGGAGCGGUUGCACUUGCUUAGGGAAGACUACGAGCACAUACGCCUUCACUCCGUCCACCCAGCGGCUCUGGACGGCCACUUGCAUCACCCGGGUUUAAUCGCCCCAGGCCUUCCAAGCAUGCACUACCCCAGGGUCAGCCCCCCAUCAGGACUUCAAAACGGGAUUCUCAACAAAACUCCCCCCACGGCAGCUCUCAGCGCUCCUCCCCCUCUCAUUUCCACUCUGGGACCACGGCCUGGUUCGCCACGAAGGACCACCCCCUUGUCGACAGAAAUGAGGGACAGGCCACCCUCUCAUACACUCAAGGACAUAGAGGCCCGAUAAGACACACUGAACACGGCCCGGAGAAGAUGCUCUUCAGUGAAAAAUAUAUCUAAUCUUCUUACUCAAUGGAUAAGAAACUUUGUUUAUGACCCUCUGUACAAAAUGUAUACACCCAAGUGUGGAAGGCUAUUGUGGUUUGCUGGUUUUUUUUUUUAAUUGCGUUGUAUAUUUCAUGUGGCAAACCGUUCGGAAAGGAUUUAGACAAAAACUUGACAUGCUUUCUUUAGAUACAGUAUUUUAUUCUUUUCUAUGAUUUUAAAUAUCUGCAGGAACAACAGGCGAGUCCGUAUUUUGCUUCCAAUGAGCAAAGUUCUCUCUUGCUGAAACGAAGACAACAUAAAUCUUGUUUUAUUUUUUUGGAAGAGUUUUUAAGAACAGUUUUUUUUUCCCUUGGGUCAUAUAUGCAAACUGGGUAAGAUGAAAGCUUUACUUUGUAAAUAUGUAAAUACUGAAAGCUAAGUAAACAUAAUACAUGAAUACUUCUUAAACUGUCCAAAACGCCACAAUUGGAAGUUGUGGUGGAUCUGUUGAGACAGCUAAAUCCCUUCAGCUAUGCAAUGAAUUUUAGGGCUUUUCACAAAAGCCUGUUUAACUCAUAGGAGCCUUGUCAAAACAUUCACUUAAAGUCAUAAUUUCCCCGAACUAAACUUCCGUCUAAUCUUUUUAAUAUAGAAAUUAAGCCAUCAAAAUGUAGGACUUCUCCAGCAAACAAAAGCAGGUAUUAAUUUUUUGCUUGUUAUUUUUCAACUAAGGGUUUUAUGUUGCGGAACAAAGGGCUUCGACCGUGUUUCCCUUACUGGGUUGCCCUGAUCAACAUAAUCCAAGGCGGUGACACCCCCAGAUCUAUGGAUUGAAUGCUUCGCCAAACAGAAUUUGAAUUUGCCUUCCCAAGGUCCAAAACCAACUUCCUGCCUAGGGUACUAUGCAUAUCUCAGUAUCCCAACAUCUUGUUCACAAAACAGCAGAAGCUAUGUUGCUAUUCUGCUGUGCUGCUUGUCACUUAGCAGUGUCCUGGAACCUCUUAGCUCAGGUAAAUAUGGGCAGCUCCUUCGGCUGCCUUAAUCCCAUCUUCAAAUCUCUGGUCCAGUUGCAGGUUUGACAGAGCUGCUCACGUAGGCCAUUCAGCCAGCAAGACUGUUGUUGAAGGCACUGGACUCGUUAAGAACUAAAGAAGCUGCCCCUUCGCUCGGCACGGUCAACUUUGACUCGGCCUCAAGAGCUCUCUCCACCUGGAGAUGGUCUCCCACCCAAGUACUGGCCCCCAACCCUGGUUAGGUUUGAAACAGUAUGUUCACAGUUGACUUAGUGGCCAGUUAUCCAUUGGUACCUGAUUUGAGGCAUUUCCCCAGAUAUAGGUUGCUAAGCCAUGGAACAAGGAAUUCAAGGGGAACGUGGAGGUGCUGAGGACAGAUAGUUCUAGAAUUUGGCCUUGGUGAGUGCAUUUAUGUCCAUAGGUUAACCACAAUUGCUUCACAGUGUAUAAUGGAUGACACAGUGUUGCAGCAUUUUGCCCAAAAUAGGAUGGAUCUAGAGGUGAGAAAUGUUUAGUCUUCU